GGAGGUGAUAUCGCGCUUCUUCUCGAUGUCCGUCUACGGUACCAUUUGUUGGAUCGUUGUUACAUGGUGUUUGUGAAGUGAGUGCAAAAGGGCUAAGCCCAUUGUGAUAAAUUAAAAUGACCGUCACGUAUGGGGGGCGAGUGCCAAACGGUAGUACCUUCGGAUGUUUCUGGAAAGUUCUAGGAAUAUGGAGAGGAAGUGUGUACAAAUUAGUGUGGAGAGAACUUUUAGCCUAUUUAUUUUUAUAUUAUGUGAUAAACUUAAUUUAUAGGUUUGCAUUAACUCCUCCUCAGCAGAGGAUAUUUGAAAAAAUCCGGCUUUAUUUUGGUCAACAAAGUGAGACAAUACCAAUGUCUUUCGUAUUAGGUUUUUAUGUAUCUUUAGUGGUGGGCAGGUGGUGGGACCAGUACAAAUUGCUGCCUUGGCCUGAUACUCUUGCCUUGUUCCUCAACGCGGGCAUUCCAGGCGCGAAUGAAAGACAAAGACUGAUGAGAAGAACUAUAGUAAGGUACGCCGUUUUAGCUUAUGUUAUAACAUUACAAAGGAUAUCCCUCAGGGUGAAGAAGAGGUUUCCAACUUGGCAGCACGUUGUAGAUUCAGGUUUGAUGAUGGAAAGCGAAAAGAAAAUUUUCGAACUGAUGGACCAGAGAACGCCAAUGUCAAAAUACUGGAUGCCGCUUGUGUGGGCUACGAACAUCAUCAACAGAGCUAGAAAAGAGUCGAUAAUAGGAAGUGACCAUAUAGUACAAACGCUUUUGAUGGAACUGUCUGAUAUAAGAAGGAGGCUGGGAGGUUUGAUAGGAUAUGAUACUGUUAAUGUUCCGUUAGUUUAUUCACAAGUAGUCUCACUGGCAUUAUAUGUAUAUUUCCUGGCAGCUUUGUUUGGACGACAAUUCGUUCCUUAUGCAGACAAAGAAGACUUGGGAAAAUGGGAUCAUGUUGACAUGUACUUUCCAUUCUUUACAGCCAUUCAGUUUUGCUUCUACGUAGGAUGGUUAAAAGUAGCCGAAGUAUUGAUCAAUCCCUUUGGUGAGGACGACGACGAUAUCGAACUAAAUUGGCUCAUCGAUAGGCAUAUCAAGGCUUCCUACAUGAUUGUUGACGAAAUGCACGAAGAACAUCCUGAAUUACUGAAGGACCAAUACUGGGACGAUAUAAUUCCGAAAGAACUCCCUUACACAGUAGCUUCUGAGCAUUAUCGACGAGAAGAACCCAAAGGUUCUGCAGAAAAUUACAAAAUAAAGGCUCAAGAUGCUGUUUAUGCCAACGUAAUGAGUCCGACUCCGAAGAAAUCUCUAAUUCCGGAGGACAUGUAUGCCGAUUAUGAAAGUGUUGAUACGCCCAUAGUUGAAAGAAGAAAGAGCAACUGGUUUUCUAGACAAAUAUCCAGAACAGGCAUGGGCUCGAUUAGAUCUGCUUCGACAGCUUAUUCUUCGGGAGGUCUUUUUGGCCGGCAUAGAUACUCUGUGGAUGUUAAUCCUGAAAAUGGUCAGUUGCCGGGAAUGCCACCGCCUAAAAUGUCAAUCGCCGACAGAUUUGUGGGAAGAAAAAGCGGAAGGACCAGGAAUUUGAAACCAAUAAAAACUACAGGAAUACCUGUCAAGAAUCGACCUCGAAUUCCUACUCCCGACGUAACGAAAGAAGUUUUAGAGCGAGAAAAUAAGCUAACACAAAGCGCAAGUAACAUCCAAAAUCAAAUGUCUGGACUGACACUAAUGUCACAACAGUUGCCAGCAGGGUAUCCUUCCUACCCUUCCGUUGAUGUUCCGCUUGUACAGGUGGUUCUAUCACCAAUCCAAGAACUCGACGGCACUGGUUCGGUGAACAACACGUUGCACCCCAAUCAACCCGGCACUGCUGCACUAGCACAAGCUAUACUUUCCCCUGGGCUCGGCCCGGUCCUUACCACACCAGUUAGUGUACCUAUGACUGUUUCACAGCUUACGUCUCUCCAGUUGGCGUCGCAUCCCAACAGUCCGUUACUGGCAAGAGCAUUCGAUCAACAAACUCUGAGAAGUCCUGCGUUUAUACAGGCUUUCGAAGCACCUGUUAAAUCACCAGUGACACCACACCAACCCCUCACGCUCACAGAAGUACAAUCGGAAGAAGAAAUACCGACGAUCAAUAGAAGAAACAAUGAUUCCCCAGCAUCAGAUGCAUCCCACGCUUCAAAGGGAUCGAUAGCUUCUAACACAACAGCUUCAGUUACCUCCAACAAGUCUCUAGAUCUACCCUCAGCCGAAACUGAUACAGAUACAGUUGCUUUGAGCAAUUUCGAUGGAUUGCCCAAUCUAUCAACACCAGUAGCUCAAAGAAAAACUGAUACUCAAAGCUCCGCUAGUUCUAAGGAAGAGCAUUCCUUGAGUCCCAGUGCUUCAGCGCCAAAUUCCCUUGCAUCUCUCGGUACAACCCUAACAGCUGACAGAAUAAGAAAAAUAUCCUCACAGAGUGUUGUCGAGAACGCUUCGAAAAAGAGAGAAGUUUAUGUAUGAGGAUAUACAUGAAUUAUUGCAGAGACUGUUACUAAAAUGGUGCUAUUGGUAGGAAAAAUUAUUUUGUACAAAAUGUGUUACUGUAGCACGUACUCUAAAAACCUUGUGGUCUUUCUGUGGUUUUCUAUGUCAAAUACAUCUAAGACAUAUAAUCCUCUAGCAACACUAAUCACAUAUAUAUUACCUACUGGUAAUUUUGUCUAUUAUUAGAUAUUCAUAUCGCUUCAAUAAGGGAAAACUUAUUAAUAUUCUUUAUAUUCUACAUGAAAUUUCCCUGCCUAUCUACUUAAAUAUUUCUAUUUUUAUCUAUAAUAUAUGUUUCAUUUUAUAUGGGAAUACAAUUAUUUCUCAAUAUAUAAAUAUUCAAAAAUUACUUAAUCAUUUCAAUACGAAUUUUAGAUAUUUUAUUAAGCUUUUUUGUUCUAUUAUGGUUAUACAACAUAUAUAACACAUUAUACACACAUUACUGGGUCGUAAUACGAAAUUGUGUCAUAUUGAACCAUUUUAAAUAUAUUUAUAAACAUUAUUUACUGUGGAAAUAAAUAUAUCGUGGACGUAUAAGUCCCAACGGUAUCGAACUAUUGAAGGGUCUAAACAACAACAACGUUGCUAACUAUCCGACUCUCUAUCUGUGGUAUUAAUUUACUACACAAAGUUCCUUGAAGAUUUUAGAAAUAUUUACUAUAUUGUAAUUACUCACCUAUAAGUUUUCAAGAUCAUAUCGUUUUUAAUUACUUGCCUUAGGUACGAAAUUUUAAAAAUAUUUUGUAUUAAGUAUCAGAUCCUUUCUUGAUUGUUUUUCUUUGAAAAUCUAUGUUCAACCU